AUGGGUCAACCUGAGCCUGAUGCUCCUAAUUUGGAUAUAGAAAGAGCCAAAGACUUAUUAAAGUUAAUGAUACAAACCUUUAUUGGUAAUGACCCUGAUUUCCCUGAACGAUUAGAGGUUAAAAUGAUUAGUUCUUUGGUAGAAAAAACUGGAUUAACCGAAGCUGAGGCUAGACAAGUUUUAAAUGCUUUAAUUAUUAGGAAAAUUGAUGAGGCUCAAAAAGCUGACCCUACUUACGACCCAGUUAAUAAGAGGGGUAAGGAAUUGUCUACUAUUCAACACAUAGCAGCUUUACAUAAAGUGGUCUUACCAGCUGAUAAAGGAGGAACUAAAAUAAGUAUGGGUAUUGAAAAAAACGAAGAUGGAGAUGAUGAAUACGUAUUGAGAAUGGAAUAUAAUGUGGCUUCUCCUGGUAAAAGGAAAUUUGGUGUUCUUGAAGAAAAAUUACAAGGAAUAAGAAAUCUUAUCAGAGGAGAAUUUAAGGGUAAGAUAAAAGAAGAGGCAGACAAGGCUUUAAGAGUUGAUUCUCUAGAAGGAUACUUAACUUUUGUAAAAGAACUUAGUGAGAAUGCUGAUUUGUAUAAUGAAUUAGUUAGGCAAAAAAGGUAUGAGAGUAAUGCUAAUAAAUUUCUUCAUCGAAUAGAAGAAUUAGUAAAAGGAAUAGAAACAACUCAAUUCGAAGCGAAAAUUGAAGUUGUUGAAUAA